AUGGAAAGCGGCAGCCUCCUAGAUCCCAACCUCUGGGUUCUGUACCAGGAAGUUCAUGGACACGACAUUGAGUAUAAAGCAAAAAACUUCUGGCAGAAUAUUCUCAUCAGACAAUUCCCUUGGAACCUCAAUUACACGGUCAACUCCGAGGUGAGCCCGGAUGGAGAUGACCGCACGAGGGUGGAUCUUAGCAUUGGCCAGAUCCGUGAGGAGCAUCACCAGACGUUACUUUUCCUCGAGGCAAAGAGAACAGGACAGGGAAACGCACUGAUCCACGAGGCCGAGGAGCAACUUGAGAGAGGAGCCAAAAAGUUUCUCGAGAAAAGCGGAUCACGCCUUCUGUACGGCAUGACAACCUGGGGCACGAAGGCCCGUUGCUGGAUCUUCGAGCGACGAUCAGGCGGUAGCUUCAAGAAGACGCCUUUCUAUGGGAAAUACCAAGAAAAUCUUAAAGAUUCCUAUAUCGAUGCCCACUCCGAACGGGCCUAUUUUAUUUCGCUUUUCUUCUCCAUCGUCAGGGAUGAAGCCCCACCUCCUAUGCCUUCCUCGCUCCAGUUACCGUCUCAGGCAGGGGGGUCGCAGGGAGGCUACGAUUACUCGGGGUACCAGGCAGGGUCUUCGCAGGGAGGCUAUUCUGGGGCUUGGGGGGAGGUGCAGUUUUCUACAUAUGAUCAGUACUAG